AUGGGGCACAGGUUUGACAUCAGAGAACCCACAGCUGAUCCAACAGCUGCAUCUAUUUCGGACAGAGAUUGCGAUACGAGAGAGGGAGAGACUGUAGCCAUGAACUAUAAGCCAUCCCCACUUCAAGUGAAAUUAGAGAAGCAGAGGGAGCUGGCUCGGAAGGGCUCCCUGAAGAACGGCAACAUGGGAAGCCCAGUUAAUCAGCAGCCCAAGAAGAACAAUGUGAUGGCACGAACAAGGCUCGUCGUUCCCAAUAAGGGCUAUUCGUCAUUAGACCAGAGUCCAGAUGAAAAGCCACUGGUAGCCCUGGAUACGGACAGUGAUGAUGACUUUGACAUGUCCAGAUAUUCCUCCUCGGGAUACUCAUCAGCUGAGCAGAUCAACCAAGACUUGAACAUCCAGCUGCUAAAGGAUGGGUACCGGUUAGAUGAGAUCCCGGAUGAUGAGGACCUCGACCUAAUCCCCCCUAAAUCGGUCAACCCUACCUGCAUGUGUUGCCAAGCCACCUCCUCCACUGCCUGUCACAUCCAGUAGUGAGGCCGGCAGGCUGUGAUCAGUGCUUUCCACUAUAACUGUAAAACUUAACAGCCAUUGCUUCCUCCUAUGGUAGGACGUGCACCUCUUUGUGUUCAUGGAGCCAGGAGAAACCAAAAAAUUCAUUUUAUGAUUGGUUGAUAAGUUAUUUUAAACUAUGGUUAAACAAAAGAGAAGUUGCUCAAAGUGCCAGGCAGUGCCUGGCAGAACUGACUGGUCUGGAGAGCGAAUUCUAAGCGGUCCAGAGAUACCUCCUUGGUUUGUGUAGGCACUGGGGAUGUUUUGUAAGGUGUCUACUCCAAAAUGGGCAGGGUCAGAUGGCGCUGCAGGUCAUCCUGCCCACCGAAACCAAUCCAUCUGUGAGAUCAGGGGUGAGUCUGAGGUGUCAGGGGGUUUUACCAGUGAGAGGAGGUCAGUUCUUAAUCCAUUCACUAAACCUGUUUCAUUUGCAUAACCAAAAUGAUACUGUAACUGGGGCACAGGAAUGGGAACGGAGCAGGGCAUCCUUUCUUAUGGCAAGGCUAGCCAGGACUAGCAUGACACAAUUCAUUCACUUGCGAAGAGGACAAAUAAGUGGCAUUUCACUGUGAGUCAGUACUAGCUAGAGCUGUUGAGUCACGUAUCCAAUGCAAUCUACCCUUAGCUCCACAUUAUAUUAUCACCAAACACAUCAGAUUCAAUCUGCAAUCCAUCCAUGCUCUUCAGGGAUUCAGUCCUUGCCCAAGAAUACCAUACUCCCGAGUUCGGUCCAGUCACAUGUACUGACUUCAACCUAUACUUAAUUCCCGUGAGACCCAUCUGCUUCCAGAAGUCUUAAACUUUGUUCAACUAAGAAAAAAUGAGUCCUGCACGAGACAGGACUAGAGCUGUACAGUCUGAAGGUCAGUGCUGGAAAAGCUAGUUGAAGAAAGCACAUUUUUAUAGUGCUCGACUGUUGGUAUUCUCUUGACACUGCGUCUCUUGGUGCCUGUGGGAGAGAUCUGUUAACGCUGAAGG